GGUGGGCGGGCGCGGAGAGCGACAUGGCGGCGCCGCGGCCCUGCGCGGAUGGCCCCUGCUGCUCCCACCCGAGCGCGGCGCCCGGCGUGCAGCAGACGCUGGACGAGAUGGACUUCGAGAGGGGAAUCUGGUCGGCAGCCCUGAACGGAGACCUGGGCCGAGUGAAGUAUUUAAUCCAAAAGGCUGCGGACCCCAGCCAGCCUGACUCCGCAGGCUACACCGCUCUACACUAUGCCAGCCGCAAUGGGCACUAUGCUGUGUGCCAGUUCCUGCUGGAGAGUGGGGCCAAGUGUGAUGCCCAGACCCACGGGGGAGCCACCGCCCUGCACCGCGCCAGCUACUGCGGGCACACGGACAUUGCCCGGCUCCUGCUCUCGCACGGCUCCAACCCCAGGCUGGUGGACGCCGACGGCAUGACCAGUCUGCACAAGGCUGCCGAGAAGGGCCACAUGGACAUCUGCUCCCUCCUGCUGCAGCACAGCCCAGCCCUGAAGGCCGUGCGGGACCGGAAGGCCCGGCUCGCCUGCGACCUGCUGCCUGGCAACAGCGACCUGCGGGACCUGCUGGCCAGCUGAGUUGCCGCCUCCCGUCUCAGUAGCGCUCGGAGGACUCGGACAGCUCUCCCAGCCCCCACCUGGACAGCACCCGAGCCGCAGGGCGAGAGCCCGAGGCCGAAGGACCGGCAGAGCCUCAUUCUGGCCCCUCAAAGGGAGGGAAUUCAGAUUGCGGGGGCUGCCAGGGUGACUGCCUGGACAGAUGAUCGUAUUCUUAAUUAGCUCAUGUGGAAACAUCUAUCCAUGUAGAAAAAAUAAAGUUAUCACCUUACCUCAUCCCCUGCACAAAAAUAAAUUUGGAGUUAAGACCCAAAUCUGAAAAUAUAAAACUGCGUAAGCAUGAGAAGCAGCUAUGGAUUACGUGACACAUGAAAAGCUGCUUUCUAGCCAGGUGACCUUGGUACAAGUCACUGUACCCAUUGUGUCCCGUGGCCCCAUCUCAGGUAGGAGUGACUGGUGGGGUCCCUGUGGGCAUGAGACAAGUGAAGACCUGAGGAGCACUGACGGGGCGCCCAGAGCCUCGCAGACAGCAUUUGAGCUCCCACCUCCCGAAAACGUGACCCACACCUGCAUGUAUACCGUAAGUUCAUUCAUGUUAACUGAGAGACUGCUGCUGCUGCUAAGUUGCUUCAGUCGUGUCCGACUGUGUGCGACCCCAUAGACGGCAGCCCACCAGGCUCCGCCGUCCCUGGGAUUCUCCAGGCAAGAACGGUGGAGUGGGUUGCCAUUUCCUUCUCCAAUGCGUGAAAGUGAAAAGUGAAAGGGAAGUCGCUCAGUCGUGGCCGACUCUUCGUGAUCCCAUGGACUGCAGCCCACCAGGCCCCUCUGUCCGUGGGACCCUCCAGGCGAGAGUGCUGGAGGGUGGAGUGCCAUCGCCUUCUCCGUCUGGGACUACAGGUGCUGUUGCUUUAUGUUGCAAUCAUUGCCAAUUUCUAGGGAGGCGGAAUGCCUGUCUUCGGUGACCUUCUUGUUCAAAUUUAAAUUUUUCAAUUUCUAAAUUUUUUCCUUGAUUCAUAGGAGUCAUUUAUGUACUUUGGAUAUUGAUCCUUUGUUUUGUAUAUAUAUCCACAUAGAUCUUUUUCAUGCUGUCUCUUUACUGUGUUUGUUGUUACCUGUUUAUGAAAAUUGGUACAGUGGAUGGCAGUUUGGCAAUAUCUACUAAAAUUUAA